AUGGCUUCGGCAGCAGUAUCUCUCGGGGCAAGGUUAAUUGGACAGAAAGUGCCGAAAGUAGCCGUUCGUGGAGUCGUAAAGUCGGCUCAAAAUGCAAAUACCCCGGCGAAGCAAGAGAAAACAUCGUUCGGAAAUCUGAAGGACAGUGACCGUAUUUUUACUAAUCUUUACGGAAGACAUGAUUAUCGCUUGAAGGGAGCACAAGCUCGUGGUGACUGGUAUAAAACCAAAGAAAUUAUUCUGAAAGGAUCUGACUGGAUCCUUGGCGAACUGAAAACUUCGGGUCUUCGUGGAAGAGGAGGUGCUGGUUUCCCAUCUGGAAUGAAGUGGGGUUUCAUGAACAAGCCUUUCGAUGGUCGCCCGAAAUAUCUCGUGGUUAAUGCUGACGAAGGAGAACCAGGAACUUGCAAAGAUCGAGAGAUCAUGCGCCACGAUCCACACAAGCUUAUUGAAGGAUGCCUUAUCGGAGGAGUGGCAAUGGGGGCUCGUGCUGCCUACAUUUACAUUCGUGGAGAGUUUUACAACGAGGCAUGCAUUCUUCAAGAGGCUAUCAACGAGGCUUACAAGGCUGGUUACCUUGGAAAAGAUUGCCUUGGUACCGGAUACAACUUUGAUGUAUUCGUUCAUCGUGGUGCUGGAGCUUACAUUUGUGGAGAGGAGACUGCUUUGAUUGAGUCUCUCGAAGGAAAGCAAGGAAAGCCACGUCUGAAGCCUCCAUUCCCAGCUGAUAUCGGAUUGUUCGGAUGCCCAACCACUGUCACCAACGUCGAGACUGUCGCUGUCGCACCAACUAUCUGCCGUCGUGGAGGUGAUUGGUUCGCUUCUUUUGGACGCGAAAGAAAUCGUGGAACCAAGCUUUUCUGCAUCUCUGGUCAAGUUAACAACCCAUGCACUGUUGAAGAAGAAAUGUCUGUCCCAUUGAAAGAUCUGAUCGAACGUCAUUGCGGAGGAGUCAUUGGAGGUUGGGACAACCUUCUUGCUAUUAUUCCAGGAGGUUCAUCAGUUCCACUCAUGCCAAAGAGCGUCUGUGACACCGUUCUCAUGGAUUUCGACGCCCUCGUUGCUGCUCAAUCUGGUCUUGGAACCGCCGCCGUUAUUGUGAUGAACAAGCAAACAGAUAUCGUCAAAUGUAUUGCUCGACUUUCCCUCUUCUAUAAGCAUGAGUCUUGCGGACAAUGUACACCAUGCCGUGAAGGAUGCAAUUGGCUUAACAAGAUGAUGUGGCGUUUUGUCGACGGAAAAGCGAAGCCAUCUGAGAUUGAUAUGAUGUGGGAGCUCAGUAAGCAGAUCGAAGGUCACACAAUUUGCGCUCUUGGAGAUGCUGCUGCAUGGCCUGUUCAAGGUCUUAUUCGUCACUUCCGACCUGAACUCGAACGUAGAAUGGCAGAGUUCCACAAGCAAGUUUUGGCUGAACAAGGAGCCAAGCAAAUCAGUCAAUAA